AUGUUGGCGGCGCCGGCCCCGGUGGGCGCGGGCCAGCCGCAGUCCAUCGUGUCCAUGCUGGCCCGUGAGAUCUUCGACUCCCGCGGCAACCCCACGGUGGAGGUCGAUGUCUGCACCGAGGUGGGGCUCUUCCGCGCCGCGGUGCCCAGCGGAGCGUCGGCGGGCAUCUACGAGGCCCUGGAGCUGCGCGACGGCGACGAGGGGCGCUGCCUGGACAAGGGCGUGCUGAAGGCAGUGGCCAACAUGAGCGACAUCAUCGCCCCGAAGCUGAUUGACAUAGAUGUCACCCGCCAGACGGCGAUCGACAAGUUCAUGGUGGAGACGCUGGACGGCUCGAAGAGCGAGUGGGGUUGGUCGAAGCCCAGGCUCGGCGCCAACGGCAUCCUCGCGGUUUCCAUGGCGGUCUGCCGACGGGGGGCCGCCGCCAGCGAGAUGCCGCUCUACCAGUACAUCGCCGCUCUGGCUGGCAAGCCCACGGACAGGUUCGUUAUGCCCGUGCCCUCCUUCAACGUCAUCAACGGUGGCAGUCGCGCUGGGAACCGGCUAGCAUGCCAGGAGUUUAUGACCUUGCCGACGGGGGCGUCCAGCUUCAAGGAGGCGAUGAUCAUCGGCGCAGAGGUAUACCACACGUUGAAGGGAGUUAUCAAGAAGAAGUACGGGCAGGACGCGUGCAACGUUGGCGACGAGGGCGGCUUCGCUCCUGGAGUGCAGGACAUGAGCGAGGCCCUGGACGUGCUCAUGGAGGCCCUCACGAAGUCCGGGCAUGCGGAUGUCAUGAUUGGAACGGAUGUGGCGGCGUCGGAAUUCUGGAAGCCCGAGAUCCAGAAGUACGACUUGACUUGGACUUCAAGAACCCCGCCGGAAGCAGCCCAGAGAUGCAGAAGACCGCCGAGGAGAUGA